CGAGCAUAAUAUUAUGACUACUAACACAACUUUCAAAAACAAACUUAAAUCGUAUUGCUUAUAAACGAUCUUAACUUCACUACUUGUUUAAUUUGUUUUUCCUAUUCCAUUAUAAUCCCUACCUCAAGCCCAAAAGAAAAAAAAAAAAAGAAAAGAAAAGUAGUUACUCAAUGCGGUUAUAGUUGCAUGGAAUCUUGGGGCCCGAAAUCACAUUCCGUGUAACUACAGGUGGUUAAUUGGUUAUUAUUCAGUUGAAUAAACGUGGACUCGGUAUAUAAACUGACUAAACUACCCUCCCCUUCAUUUCAUCUUACUACUAUUUCCAUUUUCCCUCCAUACUUUCUCUUUCUCGUUCUCGGUUCUCCCAGCUGAUCGCUCAAUUUUCACUUACCAUUUUCUUCCAAAAAUAUCUUCUGAAUUCACUUCAAUUUCCACUCGAACUUUCUUCAUCGGUUAUCAAAAUGUCUAAAUAUCGAGAAGAUGAGGAGCCGUUACUUCCACGUUCUGCUAAGUCUGAUGAAGUUCCUCAGCCUAAGGAAGGUGAAGGUCCUCAGCCUAAGGAAGGUGAAGGUCCUCAGCCUAAGGAAGGUGAAGGUUCUCAGCCUAAGGAAGCAGUAGAAACAGUAAAUGAUGGGGAAAAUCAGCAACCAGAGGAUCCCCAAACAUAUAGGUUUACUUGGAAGAUAGAAAACUUCUCUAGGAUUAAUGUGAAAAAGCUCUACUCUCGUCCUUUUGCUGUUGGAGGCUAUAACUGGCGGAUUUUAAUUUUCCCCGAUGGCAACAAUGUCGAUGAUUUGUCUAUGUAUCUGGAUGCUGCCGAUUCAGCCACUUUACCUUAUGGGUGGAGCAGAUAUUCCCAGUUCAGUUUGUCAGUAGUUGAUCAAAUUCAGAACACAUACUCAAUCAGAAGAGAGACACAACACCUGUUCAAUGCUAGGGAUAGCGAUUGGGGUUUCACAUCCUUUAUGCCACUUGCUGAGCUAUAUGAUCAAAAAAGGGGGUAUCUUGUUGAUGGCAUGUGCAUCAUUCAAGCUGAGGUUUCUGUGGGGAAACUUGUUGGUUAUUUGUCUUAUUACUCAAAAAAAGAAACUGGUUUUGUUGGACUACAGAAUCAAGGAGCUACAUGUUAUAUGAACUCUCUGCUCCAGACUCUAUACCAUAUUCCUUACUUCAGGAAGGCUGUAUACCGCAUGCCUACAAUGGAGAAUGACAUGCCAUCUGCAAGCAUCCCCCUGGCGUUGCAAAGUUUGUUCUAUAAGCUCCAAUACAGUGACAACAGUGUAGCAACAAAGGAGUUGACAAAGUCAUUUGGGUGGAACUCAUAUGAUUCUUUCAUGCAGCAUGAUGUGCAAGAACUUAAUAGAGUUCUUUGUGAAAAGCUUGAGGAAAAGAUGAAGGGAACCGCUGUGGAGGGCACCAUACAAGAGUUAUUUGAAGGGUGCAUUAUGAACUACAUUGAGUGUAUCAAUGUGGACUACAAAUCUACGAGAGAGGAGUCAUUUUAUGAUCUUCAGCUUGAUGUCAAAGGUUGUUCUGAUGUUUAUGCUUCUUUUGAUAAAUAUGUUGAAGUUGAAUGUCUUGAUGGCGAUAACAAGUAUCAUGCAGAGCAACAUGGUUUGCAGGAUGCAAAAAAGGGUGCAUUGUUCAUUAAUUUCCCUCCCGUCCUGCAGCUUCAUUUAAAGCGCUUUGAAUAUGAUUCUACGCGACACGCGACAAAGAUAAAUGACCUAUAUGAGUUCCCGUUGCAACUUGAUCUGGACAGAGAGAAUGGUAAAUACUUGUCACCUGAGGCUGAUAAAAGUGUCAGAAACCUUUACAAACUUCACAGUGUAUUAGUCCAUACAGGUGGUACGCAUGGUGGACACUAUUAUGCUUUCAUACGGCCAACUCUUUCAGACCAGUGGUAUAAAUUUGAUGAUGCAAUAGUGACCAAAGAAGAUGCAAAAAGGGUACUGGAAGAGCAUGGUGUUGAAGAGGAGUUGCCACAAACAAAUGCUUACAUGCUGGUCUACAUACGAGAAAGUGACAAAGAGAAAAUAAUGUGUACUGUUGAUCAGAAGGACAUAGCUGAACACCUGAGGGCAAGGUCGAAAAGAGAACAAGAGGAUAAAGAGCAGAAGAAGAAGGAAAAAUCAGAGGCACACCUUUACACAAUUAUAAAGGUUGCUCAUGAUGAAGACCUGCGACGACAGAUUGGGAAAGAUAUAUAUUUUGAUUUGGUGGAUUUUGAGAAAGUUAAGAGCUUCCGCAUUCAAAAACAAACACUUUUUACUGUUUUCAAGGAGGAGAUCUCAAAAGAAUUUGGUGUGCCAGUGCAAUUUCAACGUUAUUGGCUCUGGGCAAAGCGUCAGAAUCAUACGUAUCGUCCCAAUCGGAUAUUGACACAUCUCGGAGAAUCUCAAACUGUUGGACAAUUGAAGGAAGUAUCCAAUAAGGUUCAGAACACAGUGCUAAAAUUGUUUCUGGAAGUAGAGUUGGGAAUGGAACUAAAUCCCCUCUCUCCACCGGGAAAGAGCAAAGAUGAUAUCCUACUUUUUUUCAAGCUUUAUGAUCCUGAGAAAGAAGAUAUGCGUUAUGUUGGAAGACUCUUUGUGAAGGGAAUCGGUAAGCCAAUUGAGAUCUUAGGCAAACUAAAUGAAAUGGCUGGCUAUGACCCAGAUCAAGAGAUUGAGCUGUAUGAGGAAAUAAAGUUUGAACCAGUUGUCAUGUGUGAUAACAUUGACGAGAAAACCACUUUUCAAUCAAGCCAGCUUGAGGAUGGUGAUAUAGUAUGCUUUCAAAAAUUUCUAACGGCUGAAAGUCGACAACAAUUCCGUUAUCCCGAUGUUCCUUCAUUCCUGGAGUAUGUUCACGAUCGCCUGGUCGUUCACUUCCGAUCUUUAGACACACCCAAGGAGGAGGGUUUCUGCUAUGAGAUGUCUAGGAUCAAUACAUAUGAUGAAGUUGUGGCAAGAGUAGCUCAACAACUCCGCUUAGAUGAUCCCUCCAAAAUUAGGCUCACAUCCCACAACUGCUACUCUCAGCAACCUAACCCUCAACCAAUAAAAUACCAAGGUGUAAACCUUAUAGAUAUGCUGCUGCACUACAAUCAGACUUCUGAUAUUCUGUACUAUGAAGUACUGGACAUUCCUUUACCAGAAUUGCAAUGUUUAAAAACCCUAAAAGUAGCUUUUCAUGAUGCUACCAAAGAUGAAGUGGUCAUUCACACGAUCAGACUACCAAAACAAAGCACUGUGGGUGAUGUAUUUAAGAAUCUAAUGAAAAAGGUUGAGUUAUCGCAUCCAGCUACAGAGCUAAGAUUACUAGAGGUAUUCAACCAUAAAAUUUACAAGAUAUUUCCGACUACAGAGAAGAUAGAAAACAUAAAUGACGAAUACUGGACACUACGGGCCGAAGAGAUACCUGAAGAAGAGAAAAAUCUUGGCCCACAUGAUUGUUUGAUUCAUGUAUACCACUUUAAUAAGGAGGCAUCACAAAGCCAAAUGCAAAUUCAACAUUUUGGGGAACCUUUUCUCUUGGUUAUCCGCGUGAAUGAGACAUUAGCUGAAGUUAAGGUGCGUGUAAAGAAGAAAUUGCAGGUCCCAGAUGAAGAGUUUGCUAAGUGGAAAUUCGCAUUCGUCUCGCUUAAUUGCCUUGAGUACCUUGAGGACUUGGAGAUCUUGUCCAGUCGCCUCCAGCGAAGGGGUGUCUGUCAUGCUUGGGAGCACUAUCUUGGAUUGGAGCAUGCUGAUGGUGCUCCUAAAAAGACUCAUGCAGCACAUAAGAAUCCCCGCUCAUAUGAGAAGCCUGUGAAAAUAUACAACUAGUAACACAGCAGAAAUGAAGAUUAAAUGCCACUACUAAUCAUUGCACUUGUCCCCAAGGCCAAAGCAUAUAAAGUCAGUAGCAGCAGGUGCCACUCGUUUGCUACAUACAUGUUGAGUCUGUACAGGUUUGAUUCUUGUUCCGGGAGCAUCUGUUUCUGAUAUGGUGGAUGUAUAGUGUGGUUCAGAUGCAGCAUCCAUGUGACAUAUCCAAUUGGUUAAUCUCAUUUGCGAACUAUUACUAACUCUCUGUUCACUGCUACUGCAAGUCACACAAAUGUGCAAAAUUUUAAACAAGCAAAUGUAUACAUCAUAUAUGGUGUUUUGAUUCCUUUCUGGCCUUAUUUGAUCUCCUUGGUUUGUAUCUGGGAUGAGAGUGACUACUAGCUAAAGCUGUCUGCUAUUUUUUUUUAUUUUUUUUGGUAUAGAUUUUGAGACAUUGCCUUCA